UCAAAUUACAUGAUGAUUGAAGAUAAUAAAGAGAAUGAAGACCAUGCAUCUGAAAGAGGAAGAACAGCCAUAAUUUUUUCCUUGAACAAUGAAGUCGGAGGACUUGUAAAAGCAUUAAAACUCUUUCAGGAGAAGCAUGUAAACCUGGUACACAUUGAGUCACGGAAAUCCAAGAGACGCAAUUCUGAGUUUGAGAUCUUUGUGGACUGUGACAGUAACAGGGAACAACUGAAUGAGAUCUUCCAGCUCCUGAAAUCCCAUGUCAACUCUGUCUCUAUGAACCCAACAGAGCAUUUCAAUGUCCAGGAAGAUGACAUGGAGAAUGUUCCCUGGUUUCCGAAGAAGAUCUCAGAUUUGGAUAAGUGUGCAAACCGAGUGCUGAUGUACGGGUCUGAUUUGGAUGCUGACCAUCCAGGUUUCAAAGACAAUGUCUAUCGCAAGAGGCGAAAGUAUUUUGCAGACCUGGCUAUGAACUACAAACACGGUGACCCAGUUCCCAAGAUUGAAUUCACUGAGGAGGAGAUCAAGACUUGGGGGACUGUUUACCGAGAGCUUAACAAGCUUUACCCAACUCAUGCCUGUAGAGAGUACCUUAAAAACUUACCCUUGCUCACCAAAUACUGUGGGUACAGAGAAGACAAUAUCCCCCAGCUGGAAGAUGUGUCCCGCUUCCUGAAAGAGCGCACAGGUUUCACCAUUCGCCCCGUUGCUGGAUAUCUAUCGCCCAGAGACUUCUUGGCAGGAUUAGCAUUCAGAGUUUUUCACUGCACUCAGUAUGUUAGACACAGCUCGGACCCUCUCUAUACACCAGAGCCUGAUACCUGCCAUGAGCUCCUAGGCCAUGUCCCUCUUUUGGCUGAACCCAGUUUUGCUCAGUUCUCCCAGGAAAUUGGCCUUGCGUCACUUGGGGCAUCAGAUGAGGCUGUCCAAAAACUGGCAACAUGCUACUUCUUCACUGUAGAGUUUGGCUUGUGCAAGCAAGAGGGACAGCUACGAGUUUAUGGGGCUGGCUUGCUUUCCUCGAUUAGUGAGCUCAAGCACUCACUCUCUGGCAGUGCCAAAGUCAAGCCUUUUGAUCCGAAGGUCACCUGCAAGCAAGAAUGCCUCAUUACAACUUUCCAGGAGGUUUACUUUGUUUCUGAAAGUUUUGAAGAAGCAAAGGAGAAGAUGAGAGAGUUUGCAAAAACCAUCAAGCGCCCAUUUGGUGUGAAGUACAAUCCAUAUACUCAAAGCGUGCAGAUCCUGAAAGACACGAAGAGCAUUGCCAGCGUGGUGAAUGAGCUACGUCACGAGCUGGACAUUGUCAGCGAUGCCCUCAGCAAGAUGGGCAAGCAGCUGGAGGUUUAACACCCCAGUCAGCAGUGUGGUGCACUCAGCAACUCUUUUCUUUUCCCUACUGAUUUCUUUCUAGGCAUGUAAUGUGUUGUAUGCAGAACUCUCUCCUUUACAAAUGGAAGAGUGA